AGACGUUCGUCUGUAGUUAUUGUCAGCUUUAUGGCCAUCUCUGUUUUGCUUGUGACAGCAGAGAGGCAAAACGGACUACAUCUACAAUACUGUCUCUUCGGGCGUCUCUGGCCUAAUGAACCUAGCAAGCCAGGCCGGGGAGCAGCAGUCUAACCUGUUGUUUGUCAAUUUUAAUCAAGAUUGCACGUCCAUCGCUGUCGGUACCAAAUGUGGAUAUAAACUAUUCUCGCUCAGCUCUGUCGAUAAACUAGAACCUAUCUAUGAUAAUGAUACGGAUGAUAUCUGUAUUGUCGAACGGUUAUUUUCAAGCAGUCUGGUUGCCAUUGUUAGUCUAUCAUCACCACGGAAGUUAAAAGUAUGUCAUUUCAAGAAAGGAACGGAAAUCUGCAACUACAGCUACUCGAACUCUAUAUUAGCAGUCAAGUUAAACCGACAGAGAUUAAUAGUAUGCCUGGAAGAGAGCCUGUAUAUACACAACAUCCGGGACAUGAAGGUCCUCCACACCAUAAGGGACACGCCUUCCAACCCCAUUGGACUCUGUGCCCUCGCUGUCAGCAAUGAUAACUGUUUCCUCGCCUACCCAGGAAGCAACCAGAUCGGGGAAGUGCAGAUAUUCGACACGAUCAACUUGCGGGCAGUGACCAUGAUCCCAGCUCAUGACAACCCCUUGGCAGCCCUAGCUUUCAGUGCAAAGGGAGACAGAUUGGCUACAGCCUCAGAAAAGGGUACAGUGAUUCGGGUCUUCUCCAUACCAGAUGGCCAGAAAAUCUUUGAGUUUAGGAGAGGGGUGAAAAGGUGUGUGAGCAUCAACUCGCUGGGAUUCAGCACCUGUGGGCUGUACCUGUGUGCCUCCAGCAACACAGAGACAGUUCACAUCUUCAAGCUGGAGAUCAUGAAGGACAAACCCCCGGAGGAGCCACAGGGUUGGAUGGGAUAUUUUGGCCAGGCUCUGAAGACAUCAGCAAACUACCUACCGACACAAGUUUCCGACAUGUUGAAUCAGGGUCGAUCAUUUGCCACAGCCCGGCUGCACACGUCUGGCCUUAAGAAUGUCUGCGCCCUCUCUGUAAUUCACAAGAUUCUACGGAUGUUGGUGGCCUCACAAGAUGGCAUUUUGUACAUAUACAACAUUGAUCCUAAUGAGGGCGGAGAGUGCACUCUGGUCAGGCAACACAGACUUGAUGGUCAACCAUGUGACUCCCAUCCGUCUGAGGCCCCGUCACAUGACCGGCCACUGGCACACCCUGGUGCCACGUAUGCGUCCACGGUGAGACGCCCCCCCGACCAGGCAGCAGGGGGCGCACCAACAGGUAAGCCCGAGGCUCAGCACCAGCCGGUGCUAGGGGUGGAGAGUUAUGCGGAGGUGUUGAAACGGCAAGGAGGGCCACAGGAUACUUGUGCAAUUUUGGAGGAGCUCCUAGGUUCUAAAGAAUCCCAGCCCUAUCAGGAGGAGCUAGAGGGUGCCGUGGGCGGGGACAAUGGAGAAGGACAAGGCAUUGCUGCGCUACGAUUGGACGAUGAUAAUGAGUUUCCACCAAUGACACACAAGAAUGAUUGACCUUUGAAGUCCAUUGGCUGAAGAUGGAUGUGACAGUUACAUUGAUUGGCUACAAUUAUUAUUAAAACUGACUGCUAGAAAUUUCCUGAUUGACAUUUGAUGGAAAUAUACAACAAGAAUGACUUUCUAGAUUGACUGGCUUUAAUAAGCAUUAUGAUAUGAUGAAAAUUGCUAAAGUUUUAAUUUAAUUUAUUCCUUUCAAUAUCAAAGGAUUACAAUGGAUUGGCAGGUGAAUCUGUUGCAAAUGAAUUCUGUUUGCAAUUGGCAUCAAAUAACCGAUUACCAUCAUUAUGGAAGUAAGAUUAUAGUAAAAUGUUCAGAAAUAUUAAUAUCAAUAGAUUAAGUACCAGUUAUGUUUUGUUUAUUGUUUUGCUUUUUAGAGAAAAUAUUUAUUGUUGAGAAUAGUUUCUACAAAAUAUUCAAUGAUAUGGUGAAAGGUGAUUUCACAUGUUUAUUUUAGGGUGAACAUGGUAACGUGAACAGUUACUGUUAUGGGUGUUUUAGUGUUCGAUCAAUAAUAUACAAACUUAUAUAGGUUGAAGGUGCAUUUCAUUUUUUCAGUCCAUUUACUAUCAAAAUGGUGCGAAAAAUUGCUUACUGUUUCAUGUGAUAUUCUUUGACCAUAGACAAAUUCAUUGUCAGUUUAUGCUAAUGGUAUCUAUGUGUUCAACUUUCUAUGCCAUUUUAUAAAUCCAAGAUACACAUUUUCUUCAUCUGCACAAUUUCAAGAAGAAUUUCUAUUUUGCUAAAUAUCAGCAUGUAGUGCUGGACUGUAGCAUUUAUUGUCAACUGAGAGGUUAUUGUCAUUAUUUUCCCAAAAUAAUGUUAUUCAGAAAGAGGGUCAUGGGUGGUCUAAGUCACCACAUUUCACUGCAGAGUUGCAUCCCUUUGCCAUAUCAGGAUUCACUGAUCAUGUGUUUGAAUCAAUCCCAGAUCAGCCCUAAUUAUGGUUUUUGGUUUGUCAGCAAUAUACCCAUGCUUGCCAAGUGGUAAUCGUCUAUAACCUGCAUCACUGGACUAUCCUCUGGUAGUAGGCUGACAUAAGGUGAUGUUAUGUGGUGGAAGAUAUGACUAGGAUGUGUCAAUUACCUUGUCUGUGGGGCUGCAGGCUGUCUGUGCUAGUCUUCCAGGGAUGUAGUUCAAUUGCUGAAAUAAAGAGGUUCUUCUGUAGCAUUUUGGUCCUCUAUCAGGCAAUGUAUUGCUGUUCAGUGAAAGCACUGUGUAUUCCACAGAAUUAUAUGACAUUGUAAGAGAAUCUGUACCAGCGAAUAAUAUUAUUUUCCUCAAACAAUUGCUCAAAAUUGUAUCAACAUUCAUAUUUAUGGCAAAAAAAACGGAAGAAGAAUACAGAAAAGAAAUAUAAAACAUUACUGAGAAAGUGGUUAGGUGGGAAACUAUUGAUAACAAUGAAAGACUGGGACAUUUAGACAUGUCAUUCAUUUGUAGUUAGAUGCAGUUGGUGCCCUUUAUACCGUGCAACAAAGAUGGAUAUGAAUUGUAAGUCCAUCGAUUCAAUGAUAUUAUGAAAACUAUUUUUCUUAGAUUUAUGUAACAUGGGUCUGAUAGCUUCAUAUGGUCAUAUUGCAUAUAUAGCAUUUGGUAGUUUCUUUAAUUCAUUAUCGAUGGUAUCAUAUGCCAAAAGAUACUCAAGUGUGUAAUAUAUCUUUGGUAUUUUAGUAGUAUGGGUGAGUAGGACAUGAAAGAAGUUGAAGGUUUGCCAUGUAUUUUUCUUGCUCCCUCAUGGUUACUAGUUGUUUCAAGAUAGAGGUAUCAUGGAUAUCAUGCAACUUACAUUCAAACAUAUUGGACAUCACCUUCACAUUAUGUCACACACAUUUCUUAAUGACAUUAUGUAAUGAUGGAGAUCUUCAUCAACAUACUACAGCAACUUGAUCUAAAACUUGGCCUUCCACAGUUGACUAAUUUUCAGUGAUUUUGCCCGUGUGUCUCAGUCCUACAGCCAUUGAUCUUAUUGGCAAAUCUAUUUGGUGUAGAAAACUGUCAUGUGUCUUCACAUAUUGGUGACAGCAUGACACCUCAAUCACUGUCAUUCAGGGUAACAUUUCUGUGCUCCAUUAUUAGUUUAUACCGUGUGGAUUCCAGGUAAGAAUAUGCUUGUCAUAAGGCAACUAAUGGAUUGGGUGAUCAGAUUUGGUGACUUGGCGUGUCAUUGUACCCCGACAGCUUGGAUCAUUGUUCAUUAUGCCAAUCAAUAGAUUGUCUGGUCUAGACUCAAUUAUUUACAGGCUGCCACCAUAUAAUUGAAUAUUGCUUAUUAUAGCUAAAACGGAUAGUAUUAUCAUUAAACCACCCGCAUGUUAACAGAAAUGAGCUGACCACUGUAACUUAAUAAUGCCCUAAUGUUCUAUACUGACGUCAUCUGGUUUGUUCAAUGACGUUUCCAUAUUUGUAAAAGUGGGUCAGUGACAUUCAUGUUGAUUGCAGUAAAUGUUCCCAAACUGAUAGUGGUUUUUUUUAUUUGAUAGCAAAUUCCAUCCAUUUUAGCUAUAAUAACGGUAACGCUUUUUUUCAGGGCAUUGCCAUUUGCAGAAACCCUCGGUCUUUUCAACUGCCCUCCUUCGUCGGGCAGUUAAAUGAAAAACCUCAGGCUUCAACAAAUGAUAAUGCCCUGAAGAAUAGCAUUACCCUUACAGUAUGGUGGUAAACAACAAGCAAGAAAAUAUGUUUGUUAUUUUAUAAUGUGAACAAUAUAACAGUCACUUUAAUUGUAUUUAUCACUUAUAACAUGUGGUGUAUUACAUUUCAUUGUAGUAUAUUUCAAAUGUUUCAAUGCAGACAUCAUCCAGAGGUGUGAAGAACAAAAUACUUGGAAAUGGUAAAAAGAUGGACAUUAUGUUUUUUUCUAUUCUUGUGAUUCAGUAUGCAAGAUAUGUUGACCACAAUAUCAUGUCCGUUUUCUGAUCUAUGCUUUGUAAAUGUUGAUGUAUGGCAUGCUAAUUUUAUAUCGCUGUAUGUUAUGUACAUUUCUUACAAGACAGUGUACAGAUUCCCAGUGUGUGAAACCAGUGUCAGUGUAAAUAUACACCUUGUAAAGCACAAUUUGAAUCAAGUCCAUGUUUCAUUGACUGCCCUUAGCAAACUAAACAUUCAUAUCCUUACAUGUCGGAAUAAUCCACAUGGUUAAUGGUUCAAGGCAAUACGUUCAAUUAACUAGGCAGGAAAAUGUUGGUUUGAAAUCCAUAUAUUUGAAGUCACUUUCUCACCGAUAAAACAAAAGCUCAAAACAAUUCAGAUUCUCUUAUAUUACUAACUGCACUGUUCCACUGUUCAAGAUAGAAUAUUUUUUGCAUAGUCAAUUAUUAAAACAUACCUCACUUAAAAUAACUGUUUGGACCAAAAUCUGUUUCUCCAAACUCGUAAGAGCUUGUGUUCAUUAUGGCACAAGUUGCUUGAAUUUAUGGUCCUUAUGACAUUUGUCUGGAACACAUACACGUGUCUAGUCCAGUGACAAGAUUGACUUGAAGUGUUGUUAAUGUCAGGCUUUCUUCUGUCAUGUCAUCGCAAUGUGAUCGGGCGGAGUUGAAAAACUCCAUAGAUAUUGUGGAGUUCAAUAAAUUUUACAAUCUG